AUGUUGACAAACAAAGGCUAUAAAACUAAAGCCAUCGGCGUUUGGAAAGACAACAAUCGGACAAAAGUGGCCGCCCUUUCAGACAAUAGGAUUCGUCUGAUGAAUGAAAUUAUAAAAGGCAUGCAAGUGAUCAAAAUGUACGCCUGGGAGAAGCACUUUUCAAAAAUGAUAUCCGAGGCCAGGAGGAAAGAGAUGUCCAAAAUAAGACAGGCCACCCUUCUCAGAGCUCUCAACAUUUCCAUCUCUAUAAUCGCCGCUCGAGUCAUACUCUUCACGAUAUUCAUUGUGUAUGUCUUCCGCGGCUAUCAUUUGGAGGCAGAAGUAGUGUUCGUAACGAUGUCUAUAUUCAACACACUCCGUCAUACCAUGACCUGGCUAUUCCCAAACUCCAUUGCAUUGUCCGCUGAAAUAUAUGUUUCCUGCGGACGCGUUCAGAGAUUCUUGCUUUUAGACGAGAUUGAAGAUAAAACCAUUGAACACAAAAAGGAUUACAUGAAUGGCAAGAAUGGAAAGAAGGAAUCGAUGCAAACGAAUGGCAUUAAUAUAAUCGUCGAAAAUGUGUCAGCAAAUGAAGACAAAGAAAAUACUAUUAUUGUUGACGAGAUGUCCGCCAAAUGGAUAUCUGAUGCCAAUAAUGACACUCUUAAAAAUAUAUCAUUGACUGUAAAACCUGGAGAACUGUUAGCUGUAAUAGGACCAGUUGGUUCGGGAAAGAGCUCAUUCUUGAUGUCUCUGAUGAAUGAGAUUGAAGUGACUUCGGGUUCCGUUGAAGUGAACGGAAGUAUAGCGUAUGCCUCACAGGAGUCGUGGUCUUUCAACUCAAGUAUUUUACAGAAUAUUAUGUUUGGAAAGCCUUACGACUCGAAGAAAUGGCGAGAAGUCAUAAGUGUUUGUGCGAUGAAUAGAGACUUAAAACUGUUUCCUUUCGGAGAAAAGACUUUAGUCGGAGAGAGAGGCGUGUCGUUGAGUGGCGGACAGAAAGCUCGCAUCACUUUAGCGCGGUUUGGGACAGACAUCCAAUUGUCAUAUAUUUGGCUUUAG